CUUUGGACUGGCCUGCUAGCAGCUUCGAGUUAUAUAUUACUACUACAUCUUUGUCUUUCACUUUCAUUCUCACCAAUCGCCAUCAAAAGGUAGCACUUUACUCUGCACAUGCAGCCAUACCAAAGAGUACCCUCAAAUAUAUAUGGUACUAAAAGGGAAUUAAAGCAGAGAUAUUACUGCUAUAGAGUGGACUGUCUAUGGUGGUGGGCUAGUGAGAGGUCCACGGGACUUUCAGUAAUAGUAUUAAUUAUUUUUGAACUACAAAUCACUAGUCUCAAAUAAAUCAUUAACUUUCUACUUGAAUGCUCCUCACACAACCUUCGUAUAAAGCUUAAUUAACAAAGUAAUACCAGUAUGCCACUACUACUGUCCUUUAUAUUCAGACCCUUAUAUGUAUCCAUCUUCGUAAACUAGUUCGGCAUCUUCAACUGUACAACUUUCUCUCAGUCUCUCUUUCUCUAUCAGCUCUCUGACAGUGUCUCUCCGCUAACUCCAAGUAUGGUACAGGCAAAGAAGUUCAGAGGUGUCAGGCAACGCCAUUGGGGUUCUUGGGUUGCUGAGAUUCGUCACCCUUUGCUGAAGAGGAGAGUGUGGCUGGGAACUUUUGAAACAGCGGAAGAAGCGGCCCGAGCGUACGAUGAGGCUGCUGUUCUAAUGAGUGGACGUAAUGCCAAAACAAACUUCCCAGUGGCAGCACCUAAUGAAAGCGGAAAAGACAACAACACUAAUAUUGUUAAUUCGUCAUUCUCUGGAUCAUCGUCAUCAGCAUCAUCGCUUUCUGCUAUUCUUAGCGCAAAACUUCGAAAGUGCUGUAAAUCGCCUUCUCCAUCUCUCACUUGCCUUAGGCUUGACACAGAGAGUUCCAGUAUUGGAGUGUGGCAGAAGCGAGCUGGGGCUCGGCCUGAUUCUAGCUGGGUAAUGACUGUUGAACUUGGAAAAAAGAAAAUAAAUGACAACGAACCAACCCUAGAGGGGGAGCAAGAAAAAGAUAUAGUAACUACUUCAAUUCCAGAGACUUCAGUGGAGAAAUUAGAAGGCGAAGAACGUGGCAUGAAUGAAGAAGAACGAAUGGCGCUGCAGAUGAUUGAGGAACUCCUAAACAGGAAUUAAUCAAUAAUCAUAAUCUACUUGUUGCACAAGUGGGGCUUAUUAUAGCUGUCAAACUACGUACUUUGGUAAAAUGUUUGGUCUUUAUACGAAGGUGUAAAGAAUCAGAUAUUUUUCCCAAGUUUAAUAAUUAAGUAAUGUGGAGAGUCUAUUAAGGUAUUUUUCCCAAGUCAUUGUCAUUGCUA